CCCGUCUCGCAAAGAUUUUUUUUUAAUUCGCGGCCGAGGAGCCGCCAUGCUCCAAGGCGGCUGCGCCGGUUAAAUCCUGUCAAUCCCUGCCGAAGAGGCGUUCCUGGGGUCGCCUAGGGUCAGGACGGGGCCACAGAUGCUCUGAGACAGCGCGCGCAUGCGCUAGCCUGCUUCCGAUGGACAACAAUCGUUUUCCUGCUGCAACUUGACGUCUGCGGGCCAAGCUCUUACCCUAGCCCCUCUAGCCUCCCCUCAAAGCACGCCAGGAACACUCGCACAAGUGACAUGCCGCCGAAGAAAAAGCCCAAACACGAUCCGAAUCAGACGACCCUAAACUUCGCCGGCGGCGCAUUAGGCGUGCGGCGCGACGUCGUGGCGGGCGAGCCGCAGCAGCGCCGCAUCACCGGCUUCGUGCCGCGAAACCCGCCGCCGCCGCCACCGGUCGCCGCGCCCGCGCCGCCAGCCGCCGCGCCGGCACCCGCAGCGCCCGCACCCGCGCCAGCACCCGCGCCGCCGGUCGCCGCCCCUGCGCCCGCCGCACCGGCCGCCUCCGACGGCGACGACGCCGCGCCCGCGCCGCCGGUCGCGGCGCCGGCACCCGCAAGACCAAUCGACUCCGACACGGACGACGACGACUUCGCGGGCCCGCCCUGCUGCGUCUGCCUGCGGGCGCGCCGCGACCACGCGUUCCUGCCGUGCGGCCACCGCUGCGUCUGCGGCCCGUGCGGGCGCAUGGUGUCGCGCCGCGAGGGGCCGCGCUGCCCGAUGUGCCGCGCGCGCAUCCAGUCCGUGCAGCAGAUUUACACAUAG